GAUUAACACACAUGCAGAGACCUCAGAGAGUUGCUGCGGAUAUUUCCUCUGUUCAAGCCCUUCACAAGGAAAAACACAUCACAUCUUCAUCUACUAUCAUUACUUUGGUGUAGAGAAUAUAACUGAUUGUGACGCUUGCUCUGAAGUGUAAAGAUGGCUACAUCAGAAGAUGACUCUGUUAUAACUCAGAAGGAUCUGGAAGAACUUAAAGAAUUGAUAUCUACUCAGGAUCUGUCAUCAGCUGUUGACACCAUCAAACAUUUCCUCGACCAGCAAGAUCGUCUAGAGCUUAAUAUUGCUGUGAUGGGGGAAUCUGGUUCUGGAAAGUCCACAUUUAUCAAUGCUUUUAGGGGUUUGGGAGAUGACGAUGAUGAUUCAGCUGAAACUGGUGAAGUAGAGACCACUACAGAACCCAAAGCUUACAAACACCCAAAAUAUGAAAAUAUGAAACUCUGGGAUCUUCCUGGAACCGGAACACAAACGUACCUUAAACACGUUCAGUUUGAGCGCUAUGAUUUUUUCAUCAUCAUUGCUUCAGGUCGUUUCAGAGAAUGUCACGCUGACCUGGCCAAAGAGAUCAAGAGAAUGAAGAAGAAUUUCUAUUUUAUUCGUUCCAAGACUGAUUUGAGUAUUGAUGCUGAAAGAAGAAAGAAAAACUUUGAUGAGAAAAAGAUGCUGGACAACAUACGAGAGGACUGUGUAAAUGGUCUGAGAGAGAUCGGUGUAGAGGAUCCUGAUGUGUUCUUGAUUUCUGGCAGGGAUCUCAACAAGUAUGAUUUUAAUUCACUGCAUGAGAGGAUGGAGACUGAACUCCCAGAACACAAGAGACAUGUGCUGACGUUGACUGUACUGAAUAUCACAACAGAGAUUACUGAGAGAAAGAAGAAAUAUCUAGAGAAAAACAUUUCAAGAAUAGCUUUAUUAUCUGCUGGUGCGGCUGCAGUUCCUGUUCCUGGUCUUUCAGUCGCUGCAGAUGUAGCUCUGUUAGUAAAUGAGAUACAAAAGUACAAGACUGUAUUUGGUCUGGAUGAUGAAUCUCUGGAGAGGAUCAGUGAAAGAUCUGGGAAGAGUAUUGAGAUUAUAAAGAGUGUGAUGAAAUCAGGAGUGCGUGUUGGAAUGGACAAAGAUAUCAUCUUAAACCUGCUGUGUAAAAGCUUUGUUCUUUUAGUAAAAAAUACUGUUCAGUUUCAGUUCAUUGUUCACUAUAAACACAAUUUAGGCAAUGUGGCGGCUGCAGGAUUGUCUUAUGUGACAGUUUCAUACAUGCUGAAGAAAGUUCUGAAUGAUGCAGCAGAAGAUGUCAGGAAUGUGCUGAUGAUCUCACUGAGAUAAUGUACCAGCAUUCAUAACUAUCUGUGGUAAUUAGUACACUAUUAGGGGCACUUACAAUCUUUUGAGUGUAAAUAAUUUGUUCCAUUUGUAUAUAUUACAUUCUGUAGACAUAUCAUACUUUGACUUGAGUGACCUGAAUGUUUGAGUCAUGAAUGUUAUUGACACAGUAAACAUUAAAAGAUGUUCAAAAACACAGAGUCUAAUAAAAAAAGGGAUGGAAUUGUGCUAUUUGCUCUGCAUGUCUUUCUCUGAUCUAAGAAGUAAAAAACAAACAAAUAAAGACACAAAGAAUCACAAUCACAAUAUACACUCACUGAGCACUUUAUUAGGAAGACCUGUACACCUACUUAAGCCGGACGUACAAGUUC